CCGGAAGUUUUUGUUUUCUCACCUGUCAGUUCAGACACGGAGCGAGGCUCCAGCCUCCUUUCUUUGUUUUCCUCCAGGAAAUAGCUCUCCGUUAUCCGGGAAUAAAUGAUAAUCCUACGUGGCUUCCAAACGCCUAAUUAAAAAGAGCAUCUAACACGGUCUUCUAUCUGCUACAGAGUAGGCCUGUGCAGACAUGGAGCCCCUGGCAGUGGAUGAUGACAUCUGCAUCCUUAAACAUGAGACCGCCUACACCGCUGCCGGCGAGAGUCCCGUUUCCGUGUGCGCCGGGGAUGAGUCUGUUGCUUCCCACUUCGCUCUGGUGACGGCCUACGAGGACAUCAAGAAGAGGCUACGAGACACGGAGCGGGAGAACACCCUGCUGAAGAAGAGGGUUAAACAACUAGAGGAAAAGCUCUUCAGGUCAGAUGCUCCUCCAGCGGAGGGCCCCCAGUAUGUGAACAAGGCCUUCAGUGCUUACCGAGGGAUCUAUAUAGAGAAGGAGGACCUGCAGAUGGAACUAAACAAACUGAAAAAGGAGAAGAGUGAAAGUGAGAGGCUGCUGACCGAGCAGCUUCAAGCCAAAGAGAUGGAGCUGCUUCAGCUGAGGACAGAGAUGGACAUCAGCCAAGGUACAGUGAUGAAGAGUUUGAACAGCCCACAAGACUACUGGCAGGUAGACAGGGCCAGCAGCGAGCUGAAGAUCAUCAAACUGCAGGAGGAGCUGGAGAGAGUGACACUGGAGAACAGUCGACUGCUGGAGAAGAGUGUGGAGGAACCCCUCGGCCUUAACGGACCACACUUGGACCAGACCUGUGAUGCAAAGUAUAAUACAAGAGAGAGAAGCAUGCAGCAGACGUACCAGUCCCUGUGCUGCGAAGUCAACCGUCUCCACUCAGAGCUGAAGCACCAAACAGGCCUGAUCCGGAAACUCAGGCCUUUAAUCAACGAGACAAGACAAGCUGCCUCAACUGUUCCAAUCCAGUGUCUGGAUGAUGUGGAGAAGAACAACAACCACCCGGUCCCCCGGGCCACGGCGCCCCGCCCCCCCAGCGCCCCCCCUCUCCCCUCGUGCUCCGGUCGUCCCUGCCCCCCCGCCGGCGGCCAGUCGGGGAACCUGCUGCCCGACAGUCUGAGGGAGGACUGCUGGUACAACGGUCCCUGGCCGUCCCAGGGCGGCUCGGGGGAGGCCCUGCUCGGCGGCGACACCUGCUCCGUGGUGCUGCCGCCGCCUCCUAUAAACCAGGCCUCCCUGGACGACAGCUCGCGCUCCUUCCCCAGUCCGCCCAAGCCCAGCGACGCCAUGUUCUGGGAGGGACAGUCGGCCGUGUCCAACUCCUCGUCCUCAAUGGGGAACUGCAGUCCCAGGAGCCCGAACACAGAGUGGGCCAAGCCCUAUUGAGAUAAACGACUAUCGGGGGGGGGGGGGAAGAAAGGAUCAAUAACACGGUGGAAAAUAAAUGAACUCUCCAACCCUGCCACAUAGCUACCACCUAACCUGCCUUAAGUUGAAGAGGCCGCUCUUCUGGAGCGGCCGAGACUGGACCUACUGGUUGUGGGAUCUAACCGGGGCCAGAAGAGGCCUUUUUUUUUUUGUUCUCGAGGUAAAGACUAAAACUCAUUGAAACGCCAUCUCUGCACACCGCAUCGGUGAACUUUACCUGACUUCCGCAGAGAACUAUUUGAUGAAGCGACCCUCAACACAAUAGUUUUGUCCAUAUGUGUGUGUGUCCUUGUAUGCACAUGCAGAAAGUGUGCGCAAGCAUGCAUACAAGCAGUUUAAGUUGCGUGUGUGUGUUUCUAUAUACGCACAUCAAACAGUGUGCCUGUGUGUGCAAAUCAGAGUGUGGGAAUCCUUUGGCCCGCCUAGAUCUGUAUCUCAUCGUAAUAAACCCAAUAGAGCUCAAAGGGGGGUCUCUCUUUCUCUCUCUCUCUCUCUCACUCGCCUGCUCGCUCGCCCUCCCUCCAUACACUGUGGCCGGUGACCACAGGAGCCACAUUGUACGAGGAUUUGUAUAAGUACUCCCUUCCAAUGCAAGUCUUUUUACAUCUGAUCAGUGUAAAUUAUACAGGAUACAUAGUCCCAUGUUGGUGUCAUGAUUGUGUGAUGGCGACGUCUUGGUGCAAGGACUCGAUGUGUUUGUUUUUGUACUGUGAUGGAGACAGACAUACAGUUAACUGUAGGAUAAUCGCUGAUAUUUUGGUUCCAAAAUUUUAACAGCUACAAAAAUCAGAUCGCAAUUUUUUUCUUUCUAAAAUCCAUAUGGGCUCAUCAUAUCAAGGUAGGCUAUCAAUCUAUCCAUGAUUACUGAAUCAUGUUUAAGAAUGCAGUAUUUUUAUUUUUUUGGUAUGUGGGGUGAAAGAAAGUGAAAUUUUGAUCAAACGUUUGAUGCUUUGUGGAAAGAAAAUACUCCAAUCUCCAGAAAAGGUGAAAGUUCAAACUUGAAUUGUGAGAAACGCCUCUUUAAUUCCGCCUGCUGUCACAUAUUCAGUUUUCUCAGACUGCAGAAUAUUUAAGUUUUGGUGGAACUUUAUCCACUUUCCAUUGUGAAGGACCUUGGCCUCCCUCCGUACUCCCCUGUAUACCGAGAUCAUGACGAGGCUGAUCACAGGUUUGUGGAUAUUUCAAGCAACAGAAAACAUACCGAAGCUCUGCACUGUGCCGAUGUUGAUCCUGCUGUUAAAUGAUAAAGGAAAUUUCUUAUCGAUUUCUCUUUUGGAGUGUCAGAUAAUCUGAAGGGUGUAUAAAUUAAACGUAUUAGCUUAUAAGACACACAAAAGGAAGAAUGUGCAUAUUUGUAGAAAUGUAUAUGGUGGGCUUCAGUACUUUGCCAAACAAUGUUUUGCACUCCAAAGAAUAUUUUGUUUUUCUUCUUCUUCUUUAUUUUCCUGCCCCACCCACAAUGCUUGUGAUGUGAUGUUGGAGCUGUCUGCGCUGGUGGAGCGACAAUAAUGUGUAAACCUGAAGAAAUGUGAGCUGUGACUUGACAUAGAGGUGCACAAAGCACAAAAAAGGCCCAUGGUUGUAAAAACAAGGUUUUGCAUUUUCUUUUCUUUUUUUUUUUUUGAUUUACUGCAAUCUGUUUCAUAACUGUGGUCUUUUAUGUUCUUGAUUUUUAAGAAGAAUUAUUUUACAGCAGUAGUUUCAUACUUCUGUAAACAAUUUGCAAACCAAAAUGCAAUGUACAGUAGAUAUGGAUUAUAUUUUAGAUUUACUGCACUUCAGACUGUUUGUAAAUACGAUCAAUUAAAUGAAUGAAAUGAAGUCUUUGUGUCCCAGAUUUGGCGGUUUGUUUCGGGUUUCCUCCCACAGUACAAAAACAUGGUUUUUAUUCUGACUGGCGAGUGUAAAUGACCCGUUUGUCUCAGUGUGUGUGUGUGUUUUGCGCCGUGAUGGACUGCCAGCCAGUCUCCUCUCUGACCCUGAAGUGGAUAAAGCAGCACAGAAGAUGGAUGGAUGGGUACAGGCAAUGGCUAGUGUCUAAUCAGGAUAGAAAAUAUUAUUUUCUUUCCAGUCAGACAUCCAGUACACAGUGCAUGUUUCUGCAGCAGUCAUCCUUUUGACCCACUCUGACCAAAUAAAACGUGCC